CCAACUUGCAUGCAGUGUUAGGGGGCAUUUCUUUGUCAAAUUUUGAGAAAUUUGACGGAAUAAUUCUGGCACUGCCGCGUUGUGACCUGCCCAGAUGUCUCGCCUUCUGUUCUACUCAGUCCCUCUGGCUGCUGCCGGGAUCUCAUCAUGGAGGUGGUACCUCCAACCACCACAACCCCCGGAGCCUCCACCUGCCAUCUCCGAACCAGUCUACAUCCCCAGUCGCUUCCCUCCACUGGAAGCCACCGACGACACUGCCAUCUCUCGGCCGCCAUCGGUACUAGAGCUUCACGCCCGGCCGCUGGCUCGUAUGCGCACUGGAGAUGAGUACCAACGACGCGAAGCGGCCGCGAUGUUGUCACAAGCGCACGGUUUGACGGAGCCGGACUGUCGCCAACUGGGACAGACUUUGGACCACCGAACAGCACUCCUUCUCGCCAACUGGACGUCUACUGAUCUACGGAUGUUCCUCCCUCCGAGAGGCGUCUCCGCAGCAGCAGACUCAGCGCCUCCCCUGGAACUCCGUCUACGCCUACUCCUCGAAUCCCUUCCCCCUGGCGCGCCCUGUGCUGAAUUUUGGCGCGCGCGCGCUCUACGUCACCCGCCAUUAUCUGACUGGGAUCCCGCGCCACUAGCGGCUGAUGCGGCAGAACUUGGCGCCCCCGCCCCAUGGCGAUCCGCAUCCUCUUCCGCCGUGGAAGCGGACUGUCUUCGCGCGCUACGAGAGCGGGCAGACUCCCCGCCACAGUGUCGCGCCAUGUUGGCAGCUGGCGCGCUGGAUCUUCUCGCUGCCGCGCAUGCGCAGAAGCCGCGCGAUGCGGCGCGAUGUGGGGUGAUUGCUCAGAUUUUGGGAGGGUUUGACUCGGCCCAGUUGCUACAUCAGGCGGGUUGGCUGGGGGUUCUGGCAGCCUGGAGUCGAGAGAAGGACAUCAGAGUUGGUCCCGGUGCUUGGAGAGUCAUCAGGAACCUCAUCAUUGAAGAGAGACUCCUUGGGACCUCGAAGACUACGAGUGGCGUCGGUGAUUCCGGAAGGAGAGACGAUCAUGAAAUGCGUAAGGGUGACACUGGUGGCUCAAAGCGUGCUAAGACGGGAAACGAUGCAAGCGAUGAGGCCAGAGACUCCAACCUCGCUGAGAAGAACUCUAAGCUAUCUGAAGACAGCUCGAAAACCAAUGUCACUACCACAACCACCACCUCUGGCACUACCAUCACACACGAACCAGACGACCCCGUCGCCUCUGCUCUCGUUUCCCUCGACCUCCGCUUGGCGGCGCUGCGUUCACGGAUAUCCUCCUUCCUCUCCUCCCUCGGUCUCCCCUCUCUUCCCUCCACCCCUCCUCCCUCCCCACGCGUUCUCCGUCCUCUACCUGACGGUGUGUUAGUUCUUCACCCUCGGAGUAUCUCCGCUGAAGAGAAGACUGAGGUUGACAUUGUGUUUGUGCAUGGUUUGCUUGGAGGAACGGAGCGGACUUGGCGUCAGGCAGACUCGGCCAAAGGCGAGCUCCUGCCUCCUCCUGAGCCGAGACUUUCCGAGAUAGUGAUGCGGAUUCAUGGAGAAGAAGGGAGAUCGGUAGAUAAAGGAGACAGAGAAGAGAGUCAAAAGAGUGGAGAGGAUGUCGCAAAAGCCGGUGGUGAUGUGACUAGGCGGUCUAGUGACAUAGUUGAUCGAUCGAGUGAUGUGAUUGGUGAAAAUCACGUCAGUGAUCGGUCCAGGGAGACCAUGGUGACUGAUUCAAACCAGAACAUCGACAGUAGUACCAAUGGGAAGGAGAGGGUCAACAGAAAGAACGGCGUCAUGGACUCCAACAUCUCCAAAUCGGAUAUCAGCCCAAAGAUCAGUACAGGGAGAAGCGUGGGAAAGGGUCAAGCCGUCAGCGAGAUCAACACCUCAUCCAGCAACAACACCAGUGACUCUUCUUCAAACAUCGCUUCAACUACCGCUACCACUACCGCAAUCAUCGCAUCCAAUGGUUCCACCGCUCGUUCUACGAGUUCCACCGCCUUCUCCACCGCCUUUUCCACAUCCACAAUGACAUCCACCCAUUCCACCUCCUAUUCCACCUCCACAGCUUCGUCUUUCUUCACUAGCUCACCUGACCAAGAACCCUACACCCAGUGCUGGCCUCGAGACUGGCUUCCAUCUUCCCUUCAUCCCCUUAAAGUCCGUAUUCUUUCCGUAGAUUACGACUCUGCUUGGAGUGAUUGGAGACCUCGCUGUGCUGCAAGACGUUCCAGGACUCUAGCUGAAAGGGCGGCUGAUUUGAGGAAACUGUUAGAAGAUGCGGGUGUUGGGGACAGGCCGAUAGUAUGGGUGACCCAUUCUAUGGGUGGGCUGCUUGUGAAGAAGAUGUUGGUUGAUGUCGAGAAAGAGGUGGAGAGGGGAGAUGGGGAAAGAGGAGAGGGGAUGGUGGAGAGAGUGAGGAGAGAGGAGAGAGUGAAGGGUGGGAAAGAUGAAGUGAGAGCUGGUGGUACUGAUGUGAAAACUGGUGAUAGGGAAACCAAAGACUCUUCAACAAGCAACAGUGAUGUUCAGCGUGGUGAUUUGAAUCACCCUCUCACCACCAACACCAACCUACCUGGCUCACCCUCCUCCCCACUCUCUCCCCUCCUAUCCUCUACCCUCGGCGUCGUGUUCCUCUCCUGUCCCCACACGGGCUCCGCUCUCGCCACCUCCGUCUCCGGCCCCCUCUACCCCCUCCUCCUCCCCUCUACCGAGCUCCACUCCCUCUGCCGCCACUCUCCCCCUCUGCUCCAACUCCGAGAGGAGUUUGUCUCACUGUGUCUCAAACGAGGCACGCCGUGUCUCUCGGUGGCUGAGACACUGCCUCAGCCUCUGCUCGGACGAAAAGUGAGGUUCGUUGAAGCUGACUCGGCCGAUGCCGGUGUGGGGGAAGUGGUUGAAGUCGCGGAAAAUCAUUUAGGCGUGUGCAAACCCAGAGAUAGAAAGAGUGAAGUGUACAAACUUGUGGUGGACUUUGUGAAACAGGUGUGCGCAGGACUGUGAAGAGAGAGUGAGGGAGGAGGUAGAAGAAAGGUAGAGAAAAAGAGGAAAGGUGUCGAGAGCUAGGAGAGUAAAGAAGUGGGCACAUGCUGAAAAAUGUAACGGUUUUACUGUUUACCAUUGAUGAUUUACUGUUUAUCAUUGACGUGGCAUGCGUGUGUGUGAAUGUUUCAUACUGUUUCAUACCGGUGACCACUGAUGCUAUUUGCUUGACGUGAUAUAAUUGGCGCCGUGUUGCUGUCUUGGCUGGCUGUAGGUAAAUCAGGUGUAACUAUGUUGUCCUAAACGGGUAGGGUUUGUUUACACAAAAGCGCAAACAUUUAUCGCCCUAGUAUGAUUAUUGUCUUGUUUGGCCAGCCCAGACAAAGGUGAGGGGUGCCGGGUGCGUAUGAUAAAGGAAUUAACUGAAUGUGCGUGAUAGGCUGCCAUUGUAUAUUGCCAUUGUAGGCUAGUGCGUGUAUCAUUCGGUGUAACACCUGUAACACCAGUGUAUGUUGAGGAGCCUAAAAGGCCUUAAUUGAGAACGUUUGUGGCUGUGACGUUGAAACAACUCGCAUAAAGUGUGCCUUUGUGAAACAAUGCGCCUCUAGUCAGGUUUGUCAUGCAACGAACAGGGCCAGUGAAGUGUGCUGUUCCCGUUUUAGGGCGAUAGGAUCUGGAAAUUACCUGUUGUGUUAUCUUGUGUUACCUUUGCGCGUGUUGCGUUGAACGUGCUUAAAGAGACAUGUGCUAGAAAUGAUAAAAAGAUAUGUUUUGUAAGUGCUCAGGAAUGUGGCGUUAAAAGUUGCCCGGUCGCCUUAUUGUUGGUCUCAAAUGUGAUUGAAAGAUACGCAAUAAACCAGUGGUGGCCCUUA